CACAGCUGAGUCCCUUCUGCAGCACACAAGUUGAACUUUGUAAAGGAUCGGAAAAUGGCGUUUUUGAGUGGCAAUGUUCAGACGGUGUUGGGACUCGUCCAUCCUGAUCAGCUCGGCAGAACCUUGACACACGAACAUUUGACGAUGACCUUUAACUGUUGUUACUACCCCCCUCCGACGCAUCAGUCUGCCCUAUCUGAUGGACCCAUUCGUAUGGAGAACUUGUACUGGCUGAAACAAAACCCCUACAGUAAUAAAGAGAACCUGCUCCUGAACCAAGAGGUGGAGGCUGUAAAAGAAGAAUUAAUUGCCUUUAAGGCAGCUGGUGGAGGCUGCAUAGUGGAAAACACUACAACUGGCAUUAGCAGGGAUGUAAAUACACUGAAAAGACUGGCUGAAGAUACCGGGGUUCACAUUGUGGCAGGAGCUGGUUUUUAUGUAGAUGCUACUCAUACACCUGAAACCAGGGCAAUGUCUGUAGAACAGCUGACCCAAGUUCUGACGGAUGAAGUCCUUAGAGGGGCAGACGGAACAGACAUAAAAUGCGGAAUUAUUGGAGAAAUUGGAUGUUCAUGGCCACUGACUGACAGUGAAAAGAAAGUUCUUCAAGCAACAGCUGAGGCUCAGACACAGCUUGGGUGCCCAGUGAAUAUCCAUCCUGGCAGAAAUAGCGAUGCUCCCUUCCAGAUUGUGCGGGUUUUGGAAGAGGCUGGAGCCGACGUGUCAAAAACUGUAAUGUCUCACCUAGAUAGAACCAUCUUUGAUGAAGAAAAACUGCUGGAGUUUGCGGAUCUCGGAUCGUACCUGGAAUAUGAUUUGUUUGGAACGGAACUGCUGAAUUACCAGUUUAACACCUCUGUGGAUAUGCCUAGUGAUAAUGACAGGAUCAAAAUGUUGAGGUCCUUGAUCAGUCACGGCUAUGAAGACAGAAUUGUAAUUUCCCAUGACAUACAUACUAAGAACCGACUGGUGAAAUAUGGUGGCCACGGCUACUCACAUAUCCUCAACAACAUUGUUCCCAAAAUGUUGCUGAGAGGAAUAUCCCGUGAAAGUGUAGACAAGAUACUUCUGGAGAACCCCAAGAGGUGGCUGACGUUUAAGUAAACAUAUUUAAAAGACAUAAUAAAAAAAAGGAUGCUCAGGAAAAA